AUGAAGAUCCUCCUAGUCACACUCCUACUCUUAGCAGUAGGGUAUUGUUCCAUUGGAGAUACAUUACCUGAGUUCCAGACAUGUCUCGAACACUGUCAAUGCACCGAUAGCUCGUGGCUAUGGUCGUGUGAAUCCGUUUGCAACUAUCAAUGUCAACAAUUGAUAACAAAUCAACGGGAGAGUAUAGGGUUGGAAAUGGUUCAAUUCUACGGUAAAUGGCCAUUUAUCAAAGUUUUUGGAGUUCAAGAGUUCUUUUCAACGUUGUUCUCCCUUGGAAACUUCUAUGUCAACUAUCACAACUUGUUCAAGCUUCUACGUCAAUAUCGUCGUGGUGGAAGUGGAUCAGAAUAUCAGGUCAUGUACUCUCAAUAUGUGAUAUUAUUAGUUGCCAGUUGUAUUGGAUGGAUAUUCAGUACUGUGUUCCAUUUCCGUGAUGUUCCCUUGACUGAAACCCUUGAUUAUUUCGGAGCAUUUGCUAUAGUAUUAUCCAAUUUGAAUGCAAUCACGGUUCGUUUCUUUCAAUUAUAUAAACAUACAAUCAUAUUGAGGAUCUGGCAAGCUUCAUUGGUAAUGCUUUAUAUUUAUCACACCACUCGUUUGCUUGAUUUCUGGGAUUAUCAAUACAAUAUGCAAAUGAAUGUGUUUGUGGGAUUAACAGCCAUGAUACUAUGGAUCGCCCAUUCCUUAUCUAAAUACCGAGAAUUUCAAUCACAUUUCCAUAUAUAUAAUAAUUCGAUACAAAUAUUACCAUAUGAGACUAGAUUGCUUACCAAAUUGAAUUAUUUGUGGAUUUCCAGAUCAAGUCUUAUUCCGCUAAUUCCAAUAUUCAAUAAUAUUUUCUUGCUUGGCGGUCUUUCAUUCGAAAUGAAUGACUUUGCUCCCAUUGCAAGAUUAGUGGAUGCUCAUAGUUUAUGGCAUUUGACUACUAUAUUUCCUAGUAUUAUUUGGCAUGAUUGGAAUAUUUGGGAUAUUGAGCUGUUGAAAAUGGUUGACUCAAUGAAAUAG